GAGUCACUGACGGCGAUUCCACUAAACAUCAAGAAAGACAUUACUACCUGUUAUCUGAACUGCAGACCUUAGUAAAAGAGUUACCAUGGUAAUGGUCCCUCGUCCUGUCAAGACUUCCUCCACGGAGCUCAAAGGACUGGUUUUCACUUUAAAUAAACUCGCAUCUCCUCGAUUAACCGACAUGUGUGACUCGUGUUGUUUCUCUCCGCGGUGCAGCUCCUUCCAGCAGCGCCUGUCCUACAGCACGCUGGGUGACCUGGCCCUCGCGCUCAUAGACGGGACGGUUUAUGAGAUCGUGCAAGGACUCCUGGAUAUUCAGCAUCUCACAGAGAAAAACCUGUACAACCAGAGGCAGAAGCUCAACGGGGAACACCAAGCACUCAAACAAGAUCUUGUCCGGAAACACAAAGAUGCUGUCCAGUCAUGCAAGUCUCACAACCUCGUGCUCCUCAAAUCCAACCAACAAGUGGAGCUCGAGUCUCUGGAAAUUCGUGUGCGAGAGGAACAAAGAACGAUGGAUAAAAAGAUUGUCGCGGAAAUGGAUCAAAAAGUGAUCGACCAGCAGAACACAUUGGAGAAAGCGGGAGUCCCUGGAUUUUUUAGCACCACUAAUCCUCAGGAGCUGACAAUGCAGAUGAACCUACUUGAACUCAUCCUCAAGCUUCAACAGAAGGAGUCACAGUCUGGACUCCUUUGAGAAGGAGGCCUCAUUGUGCCAAAGAAGGAGGGGGAAAUCCUGCAAUAGCAACUGUCUGCGGAUGUUUCUAUUCCAGUAAUUGUGAGAUUCAACAAGUGUCGGUCAUGUGGCAUUGAUCGCUUUAACAACAUGUUUCUCACUUGUAAUGUUCACCAUCUAAAACUGUAGGAGAAGGCCGGUUCUAGAGUGUACGAGUAAGACGUUUGCAGUCUUUGUGGAGAGAAGAAGCAGGUUGUGACAACGUAGAUUGUAAAGCACUAAACUGACUUGUCACAUAUUGUGAAACUAGGAGGUUCAGGUCUUGCGAAACCUUUACAGAUACAUUGUCUAAUUAUAUAAAGAGAGCAUAUAGGAAUUACAUUUAAGAUCAAUAUGUUUCCUACAGAGACUGCUGUAACGUGAAUGCCUCCUGAUGCCUUUGUCUGAAGUGUCAGGUCCAGUGUUCUGGCACUUCAUUUCUUAUUUAUAUGAACAGUAUUGUAAUACAUCCCCUCAUAUUUGUACUACGUUUGCUUUAUUGUAUAUGUUGUAUCGUUUGCUUCAGUUGUGUGGGCACUAGGAGUGUUCAUUAGAUCUUGAGCUAACACUAUCGCAUUUACAUUGAUAUUUUUGAAACAUUUAUGUUUGUUUAAGUUUACUGCCCACAUUGGCACUCGUGAAUAAUUGAGUUAAAUGAUAUUUAUAUGAACAGAACCCGUUUGAAUGGCAGUAUUGAAUGUUUAUGUUGAUAUUCCAUUGCAUGAAUAUUUGUUUUCAUAAAACAAAUUAUUUAAGUCUC